CCUGACCGGCGGUGAAUAAAAGCUCAAGUCUGCAAUAAAAAAUGGCCUUCAAUAAAACUACAUUGCAAAAGAUGGGAGAGAAAGAGAAUGCCAAAAGUAAUAAAGUGGAAGAAGCGGAGCCCGAGAAGUUUGUGGUGGAGAAGGUGCUGGAUCGGCGAGUGGUCAACGGGAAAGUGGAAUAUUUCUUAAAGUGGAAAGGAUUCACAGACGCCGACAACACGUGGGAGCCCGAGGAGAACUUGGAUUGUCCCGAGCUGAUUGAAGCGGCUCUGAAUUCUCAGAAGGCCGUCAACGAAAAAGACAGCGCCAAGAGAAAGUUUUUAUCCGGCAGUGAGUCGGCUGACAGAGAGUCCAGGAAGAAGCGCCAGUCAGCCGACCAGCCGCGAGGCUUUGCUCGGGGCCUUGAUCCAGAACGAAUCAUUGGUGCUACAGACUGCAUUGGAGAGCUGAUGUUUCUCAUGAAGUGGAAAGAUUCUGAUGAGGCCGACUUGGUGCUGGCCAAGGAAGCAAACAUAAAAUGCCCUCAGAUAGUCAUUGCCUUCUACGAGGAGCGGCUGAUCUGGCGCUCCUGA